GCCACUCAAACUCCAUGGACGGAAAGGCUGCACAGCUUGUGGCGCGCUACGACCGCCUGAUCGCGGCGUUGGGCGAGGACGCGUUCAAACCUUCUAGCGGAGUGUGUGCGCGAGUGGAGGACGCUUCUGCUGCUGUUGCGGAGGUUGAGAACGACGAACAGAGACAGAAAUUGCUCAACGUGGCCACAGACAAAUCUAUGCGCUGUGCCGAUCUCAUUGCCAGGAGUCUAGAGGCGUCUGCAACGCUUGCUAAAUUGCAAAAGACACUGAAGAAUACGUACGAUAACAGCCAGAAUGGACACAAUGACGAAGACGAAGAUAUGGAGAGCGAGGAGGACGAACAGUACGACACGUCCACCACUUUGUUGCUGCAGGACCUCGUGGCGGCUGGCGACGAGGCCGAAGACGCCGCCAAGAAGUAUGCACGACUGGGCGUCGUACGAAAGACCGCGCGUGCGAGCCACGAGCUGCUAGCGUCGGCUGAGCACGAUCUACACGAGCACUUGGCUAGUGAGUCCACGACGCCUGGAGAUGCCGUCAUGCAGAACGAAUUCCAGCAGCUGUACAUGGACGAGUUCACCACUGCGUUUGGCGACGAGCUGGACCAGUUCCGUCAGGAGGAACGCUUCGAGAGCAAGGAUGUGACCUAUUUAAUCUCCUGCAUCCACGCAGGCGGCGACAUCUUCACACCACUGCAGAAAAAACUCUUCGUUGAAGCAAGUCGAACAACAGAGUAG